GCGUGUUGAUGACGGAAGUGAAUCGCAGGACUGUCUUGUAGUUCAUUUAAAUCUCCAUGUGGUUGUAAUUGUCCCGCUUGAAGACAAAAUCUUCCAUUAAAAUCGAUUAAAAUGGGUAAAAAAGGCAAGAAAGAAAAGAAAGUUAAAGGUGCGGAGAAAACCGCCGCCAAAAUGGAGAAGAAGGUUUCGAAAAGGUCGAAAAGAGAAGAGGAGGAUUUAGAGGUGUUAAUCGCUGAAUUUCAAUCUCUGGACGCGAAGAAGACGCAAGUAGUGGAAACUGCAUGCGCUCCUCCGUCCUCCAGGUUGAACGCGUCUCUGUGUGCACAUCCCGAAAAAGACGAAUUGAUUUUAUUCGGAGGGGAAUUCUUCAAUGGGAAGAAGACUUUUCUGUACAAUGAGCUGUUCUUCUACAACAUUAGGAAGAACACUUUGGUUAAGGUAGACAUCCCGAACCCUCCUCCAAGACGUUGUGCUCAUCAGGCUGUCAUAGUUCCCCAGGGUGGUGGGCAGAUGUGGGUGUUUGGAGGGGAGUUUGCGUCCCCUGACGGCGAGCAGUUCUAUCACUAUAAAGAUCUGUGGGUGCUUCACUUGGGAACACGCACAUGGGAGCAAAUCAAAGCUCCUGGCGCUCCAUCUGGCAGAAGUGGACAUCGUAUGGUCCUGACCAAAAGACAACUGCUUGUGUUCGGGGGAUUUCAUGAAAGCACGAGGGAUUAUAUCUAUUAUAAUGAUGUCCACUCGUUCAAUCUGGACACGUUUACCUGGAGUCGCCUCCAACUAUCAGGAACCGGCCCCUGCCCCCGUUCAGCCUGUCAAAUGACCCCCACCCCGGACGGCAACGGCGUCAUCAUCUACGGCGGAUACUCCAAAUCUAGAGCGAAGAAGGAUGUGGAUAAAGGAACCAUCCAUUCUGACAUGUUCCUGCUGAGGAGGGAGGGCACAGAAGAGAAUGAGAAGUGGACCUGGAGUCGAUUGAACCCGUCGGGAGUGAAGCCCCCGCCCCGGUCCGGUUUCUCACUGGCGGUGGGUCCAGGGGGCCGUGCGCUCCUCUUCGGUGGUGUUUGCGAUGAGGAGGAAGAGGAAUCUCUAGAGGGAGAUUUCUUCAAUGACCUGUACUUUUUCGACAUCAACAAAAACCGCUGGUUUCCUGCCCAGCUGAAGGGCAGCAAGUCGGAAAAAAAGAAGAGACGUCGAGGAAAGAAGGAAGAACAGACCAAUGAAACCGAAGAAGACAAAGACGCAGCACAGGGUCCCACUGAGAUUAUUAAAGAGAUCGUUGCUGAAGAUGGAACGGUUAUGACCAUUAAGGAGGUGAUUCCAGCCACACGUGCAGCAGAGGAGAGUGAAGAGGAGGAGGAGGAGGAUGAAGAAGAGGAGGCGGCCGCAGCGGCUCCCUUGGUAGAACCCUGUCCUCGCUCUAGUGCCAUGGCAACGGUGAAGCACGGCAAGUUGUAUUUGUAUGGAGGAAUGUUUGAGGUGGGAGAUCGACAGUUCACCCUAAGUGAUCUCUACAGCCUGGACCUGCAUAAAAUGGACCAGUGGGAGGUUCUGGUGGAAAUGGAUCCCAAAACGCAGGAGUGGCUUGAAGAAUCCGAAUCAGAGGAUGAAGAGGAGGAAGAGGAGGCAAAAGGGGGCGCGGAAGAGGAGGAAGAUGAGGAUUCUGAGGAGGAAAGCGAAGAUGAAGAUGCCGAGCCGCAGCCCCCCGCAGAGCCAGGAGAAACCCUGGCAGAUUAUCAGACCCGAACUGAGAAGUACUGGCUCGGUUCGGCCCGGGCCAACCUGGGCCCUGACGCCAAAGACAAAAAAGUACAAAAGGUCGGCCUUGCCAUGGCCAAAGUGUUUUAUGAGAAUAAGGAAUGAGGCUUUGUGCCGGUGUUGGUGGAUUUGAGGAAUGUGUGAGGCUUUAUUAUAAUAAUGUGUGUAUGCAGAGAGAAUUAAAGCGUUCGUAUGUGAGAAGAGUAAUGGAAAUGUUAUCGAACUGUAUGUGUUUUCAAUCUGUGUGUGUGUGCAUGAGAGAAAGAGUGUGUGUUUGAGUUUUAAAAGUAGUGAAAACCUGUCUGCAGACUUAAAUGAAAGAUUUUAACUAAAUGUACAUAAUUUUCAUGAAA